AUGAGAUCCCUAUGUGUCGAUAAACAUACGACGCCAAAGGCGCAAUCUGAGUAUCCCGUUCGUUUGAUAACUACAACGCCAACUUCAACCACACCCCAGGUAGAGCCCCGAACGGCAGCGUCAGCGUUCACUCAACAAGUGCAAACUAGCUAUAAUGCAGUAGCGGCUCCGCCACUUCCUCCAGCCCCACAAUACAGCAUCCCACAAGUAGCUACAAAUACCAUCGGAGUUCAAGCUGGUGCACCAGGAUAUCAGCAGCAACAAUUUGUCGCAUCUCAACCCAUGUCCAUGAGUCAGUCAUCUCAGCCGCACAACACCCUUAUGCAAGUGCCCAACAUGAUCCAGACUCCCAAUGUUCAGACAGUUGUCCCAGGCCAACAGUACGGCCCAUAUUAUCAGAUGCCCAUGCAACAGGUCCCACAACCCCUAGGAGGUGUAUAUGCACAGCAACCCACUCAAUUUACCUCACUCCAACAAUUUCCUGCCGCCACGUUGCAACAACCUCAACUCCAGGUUCAACCACAGCUCCAACUUCCAGGAGCUCAACCUAUCUCAUCUACACCUCUACCCACACUGCCACCGUUAACGUUCCCAACGUUAGAUCAAAUUCCAAAGAUCGAUAUCCCAUCGGUUGAAGACGUCGAAAAUGUGAUUCCUCCCGUACAACGGGCGAUUCUUACAACUGUUGCUCGCUUCUUUGGAGUGUUGUAA